GGUUCUGCAGUGUUUCAGAUAGCGCUCUCUGUUUGUUUUGCGCUGGUAGGGCGCUCAAUCACAUAUCGUCGUUCACUAUGGGUUGUAUUCCGGUCCUCACGAUCAGGUGAGCUUCUCUGAAUAAGGGCCUACCACGUGCGUCGCGGCGAUGCCGCCUCCUCUACUUGAUCCAUAGCAGAAACUGGGGCAUUUCUACGACUUUGGAGACUCACACGUCGAGAUGGAAAGCGAACUUAGCCACUCAUGGCCUGAAACCCUCUACCCUCCGACGACGGGGGACAACGAGAUCGGGGGAAGCCAGGCGCUUGUCGCCCGAGGAGACGUUGAUACGCGCCACUGGGCGCCAGUGAACAAUGACUCCGAACCAGCUCGGACUCCGUCCCCGGAGAUGUUCGUCGGCGGCUUCGUCUUCGAACUCCUCGAAAGCAACUCGUCUCUCCCAACGAAUGAGAUUGAACUCGGCUUCGAGUCGACGAUCGGCGCUCACCGUAUCCCGAAUACACGCUAUACACCCACGGAAAACAUAUCCUUUCCCACCCCUCAGAUCCCCUCCUCAACGGCUUUGAUCGUCCAGCCGUCGCCGAUCGCUCAUACGCCCUGCGGGGCCGUUGCGGUCUCGUCAGGCGUUGCCAUGGAGAUGGGCGCCUAUCACUCCGGCUUCGGUCCGACCUUGGGCGCCUAUCCAGGUGAAGUCAGCUUUGACAAUGAAGAUCAGUUGCACUGGCGAGAGGUCGGAUCUACGGCCCACACCAACGCAUCGAUGCGCCGACGCCGGCCAGGUCACGAGCCGCAUCCAUCCCGCACAUGCCCUAGAUGUCACAGGUCUUUCACGAGGACGCAUAACUACCGUGACCACAUCCGCCGCCACCAGGACGAGGGCAAUUUCAGGUGCUCCAAGCCGGGCUGUAGCUCGCGCUUCAACACGCGCAACGGCCUGCGGAGUCACCUCCAAAGGAUCCACCACGACCCGACGCGCCUCUAACCGAGCAUACCCAUCGCAUGCCGGCGUACUGAGGAUGGGAACUCGGUCGUCCAAUCGCGCGCGCUUUUUCACCGACGCGCAAAUCAUAUAAUCACCAAUU